AUGGGGAUCCGUAAAGCUGUCGGAGCUCUUUCCCGAAAAGGUGCAGAUCUUGUGAGAACAUUUUCACGCCCCGGUUCUGGAUCAACGAAGCUCUCAGUUGACGAAAGGCAAACCCUUGCAUAUAAGAAUAAGCUUAAAGAGUCAGACCCUAACUUUGAUGUUGAACUUAAGAAAAUCGAACGCAAAAAGAAGCAACUUUAUAUCUCAGUUCUUCUUGGAAUUUUGAUGAUUUUAGUAACGGUUGUUUGCAGCUUUACGAAUCAACUAAGAGGCGCCGAUUCACCCAGAUGCUUAUCAAUUUAUAUGUAUCCGGCCUAUGCGAAGAUUAAUGGAUUUGAUACACGUUACACAAAACUGGCUAAAAAGUAUCAUUUAUAUCUUUAUCGUGAGCAAGGCAAAGACCGAGCUCCUACCGAGAAUAAUCUUAUUACACUUGAUGGAAUCCCAGCACUGUUCAUACCGGGAAAUGCUGGUAGUUACAAACAAGCUCGAUCUAUAGCUGCUGCGACUGCCAAUCUUUACUUCGAUAAAAGAGUUGAUAUCGAUAAUCCGCAAACUCAAAAUCUUGAUUUCUUCACCGCUGACUUCAAUGAGGAUUUUACCGCUUUUCAUGGGAGGACAAUGCUCGAUCAAGCUGAAUAUCUGAAUGAUGCUGUAAGAUAUAUUUUAAGUCUUUAUGCGGAAAGGAAACAUGAUGCAGAUUACGUCCCGCCUAAAUCUGUUUUGAUUAUUGGCCACUCAAUGGGGGGAGUUGUUGCGAGGGUCAUGCCAACCUUGAAAAAUCAUGUUCCAGAAUCUGUCAACACGAUACUGACUCUUUCUGCACCACAUGCUGUAGCCCCAGCAACAUUUGAUGGUGAUAUUCUUAACAUUUACAAGGAAACCAACAAUUUCUGGAGAUCGAGCUUCAAUGAUAAAACAAGCUUCUUUUCUCAAAAUGUCACGGUAGUGUCAAUUACAGGGGGGAUAUUAGAUACAGUUUUACCGGCUGAUUAUACUACUAUCGAAGAUCUUAUCCCCUAUACCAACGGAUUUACCGUAUAUACAACCACCAUUCCUCAGGUUUGGACUCCCAUUGAUCAUUUGGCAAUUGUGUGGUGCGAUCAACUAAGAAAUGUUAUCGCGAAACUGCUUCUAGAGAUGGUGGACUACUCCGUAAGUUCAAGAACACAUAGUGUUGACCAGAGAAUGAGGCUUGCAAGAAAACUGCUCCUUUCCAAGCUAGAGAAUUACUCAUCACAAGACCUGAAAGUAGUUUUGAGUGAAGACGAAUCUUUUCAGGCUGUACAACUUUCAGAGAGUUUUGGUGAAGUGGAUAUCAACUCUGCACUCGAAAUAACUGAAAAAACUAUGAGCAACCUACCAAAAUUUAACCUCCAUCACAUACCUGAUAAUCCUGGUGUAAUAAAUUUUGCUCUUUUGUCGUCUUUCAAAGAUUUUGGCUUAUACUUUUGUCGUAACAACAUUAUUAAUCCCAACAUUAAAUUCAAUCCCGACGAGAAUGAGUUGAACUGUAUUGCAGCAAAUGAUGACUUGGCCGUAGUUCCAAGGUCAACAAAAAAUACGGAAUACCCCUCUGAUUCUGCUCUAGGAGGGUCAGAAUCGCCCUUUUGGAUGCUUAACGUCAACGAUACGGUGAUAUCACAGUACAAUUACAUUUUAAUCACGAAGCCCGGCUCAAGGUUAAGGGAUGACGAUUUCCUCGUCUCCCAAUUAACAACUACCGCCGCAACCAAAGUUGCAGACUAUAACCCAUUCAAGGUAUUAUUUAGAAGACCAACCCUCAGAUACCAGAGAGAAAUUUCGCCAUCUUUAGUUACAACAGUUGAGCUACCACACUUAUCACACUCUCUAGUUUCGUACUCUCUAAAAGCAAAUUUUAGACCCGACGACAUCCUCUUUCAGCCGUUUAUUAGGCAGUCAAUUGAUAAACCUUUCGAAACCAAAUGGCACGUUAAUAUCCUAGAGGCACCACAGGACCUCAAUUUUCACAGUGUUGCUCCAUUCAUACCAACAUACCUUGAGUAUAACUCUUCUUUACAACUGAUGAUUGUAAAACCUCCGGGACUGGAUAUAAGUGUCUCCCUAACCAUAGAUUGGCCAUUGACGUUCAAGAUGUUGUUCAUAAGGUACAGAUUAGCCAUUGCCGCAUUUACGACUGGGUUAGUAUUCUUAGUUUUGUCAUAUCAAUUUUGGAAUUACAACAAUUCAGGUGUGUUUCCUUCCUUUGAUGAUUCUAUGAUUGUACUUUUGAACAGAUAUUGGGUCAAGUUGUAUUUGCUUAGCGCUUUACUGACCCCAUUGACAAACAUUCACAUAUUAGAACAAUUGCUAUCCAUGUUUGAUUCAAUAGGUGUCAUUGAUUCAGGCAUUCAGUCAGCGAAGGUUAUCUUUUCCAAUGCCUAUUUUUUGGGCAUUCGUGAAACUUUCAUGUGGUGGCUGGGCCCCGUUUUCCUUUCCAUGACGAUUGCUGCUGUCUUUAUAUUGUUCAAAAUUAUUGUUAUGGUACAGCAGUUAUGCUCUAAACUAGCUCGAGGACUGAAUAAACCAGUUCCCGCGUUGGACACCUUGGAUAUUGUAUCCGAAGGCUAUUUGAAUGAAGGCACGAGAAAUAGCAGACGUUCUCGCCAUUUCAUAGGGGCAAGUCUACUGUUUUUAUCGGUAUUAUUUUAUAUGCCUUACCAGUUUGCAUUUGUGAUAGUCAGCUUCAUCCAAGUUAUAAUUUGCAUCAGGAUAUCUGCCCUGAGUGGAAAAGGCAAAGAUUUUUGUAACUUGAGAAAUUAUAACAGUUCCCUAUUGAUGCUAGUUCUUCUAAUUGUUCCAAUUAAUGCCCCAAUUAUCUUAGUGUUUCUGCAUAAUGUGGCCAUACGAUGGGAAACACCAUUUCGAUCACAUCAUAAUUGUUUAGCUGUGCUGCCGAUCAUACUUCUGAUAGAACGUAAUACAAUGUUGCGGAUGCCAGCGAGGUUUCCAAAUAAGAGCUUUGCUGGGUCAAUAACUGUGGGUUCACUAGUUGUUUUUGCUGUCUACAGUUUCAUUUACGGGACAAGAAAUCUAUACUGGCUACAUCAUCUUUUCAACUUUUUCUGCCUGUGGCUCUUGUUCUGUAACCUUGCAUGA